AUGUCUCGAUUCGAAGAAGAUACCGAUAGCACCACUUUGGCCUUGCUGGGCAAGAAACAAGUCCUGAAGCGACGGUUUGGUUUUUGGUCACUGUUCGGGUUUGCGCUUUGCGAACUGAUUACAUGGGAGACGGUACUGGCGUUAUUCAGCCAGGCUUUCGACAACGGCGGCCCGGCAGGCCUGGUGUAUGGCUUCAUCAUAGCCUGGUCGUCAACGCUGUCGGUGUACAUGGUUAUCUCGGAACUGGCCUCGAUGGCCCCCAUUGCCGGCGGCCAAUACUACUGGGUCUACAUGCUCGCCCCGCAACGAUACAAGGUGUUUUGCAGCUACAUCAUUGGCUGGUUGACCUCAUUGGCGUGGAUAGCGACCGUUGCAACCGAGACCAUCUUCGCCGGGACCAUGCUUCAAGGAAUCAUCAUCCUCGACUACCCCAACUACAACGCCAAAGAAUGGCAAGGCACGCUCUUCGCAUGGCUCGUGAUUGUCGUGGCCAUUUUCAUCAACGUUGUCAUCCCCGGUGCUCUCCCUAAGUUCGAGAUCUUUAUCAUUGUUUUCCACAUUGCUGGCUUCAUCACCAUCGUGGCCCUUCUAUGGACCUACUCUCCACACAACUCGGCCUCUUUCGUCUUUACGACUUCUCUCAACGAAGGUGGCUGGCCUACCCAAGGAUUAUCUUAUUGUGUGGGCUUUCUCGGUAAUGUCGCCACUUUUGUCGGGGCAGAUGCUUCCGUGCACAUGGCGGAGGAAGUGGCGCAUGCAGCCAAGACCAUCCCACGUGCCAUCGUUUGCAGCAUGAUCAUCAAUGGCAUGGUAGGGUUCACCAUGAUGUUGACGGUGUUGUUCUGUCUUGGUGACGUCGACCGUGUGCUGGGAACAGCCACGGGGUACCCGUUUAUCCAAAUCUUCUACGACAGCGUGCAAUCUGUUGCCGGUGCCACUGUGAUGUGUGCGAUAGUGCUUGCCCUGACAUGGGCGUGCGCCACGGGCAUCAUCACCACCGCCAGCAGGAUGACAUGGUCGUUUGCACGCGACCAAGGCACCCCCUUCAGUAAGACCAUCAGCUAUGUGUCGCCACAUCGCCGCAUCCCCGUCGUCGGAGUCGCCGUGGUGACCGGCCUCGCGGCACUUCUCACCCUCAUCUACAUUGGCUCACCGACAGCGUUCAACGACGUCAUUUCUCUCACCAUCACGGGCUUUUACUGCUCGUACUUCUUGCCCGCGGCCUUCCUGCUCUAUCACCGCGUCAAGGGUCACGUACUGCCCCACAAGCAGGAGACUCCCGGCGUCCCGCUCGGUGAGGACGACGACACUAGCCCUGGCUCCUCUGGUCCAGCAGAGAAGCACGCUGUGGCCGAGGAUGGCGGCCGGGACAUGAAACACUCCUUGUCGUCCCCGAGCCCCGAUACGGAGCCCACUGCGGUAGGUGGACCCGCCCACGCACGGGAGCGCCAUUUCUCGGUGGUGCAAGCCGAACUUGUCUGGGGUCCCUGGCAUAUUCCCGGCAUAUUGGGCACACUCAACAACGCCUAUGCCUGCGUGUACAUGAUCUUUGUGAUUUUCUGGAGCGUAUGGCCGCCCGCCACCCCGGUCGACUACCAGACCAUGAACUACUCGGUCGUGGUGACCGGGGGCGUUGUCAUAUUCAGCAUCGUCUGGUACUAUAUCCGCGGCAGGAAGGAGUACAAUGGACCCCUGAUUGAUGACGAGGUGGCCGCGGUCUUGAGGCUGGGUAGCGUGGCUCACGUUUGA